AUGACAAAAUAUAGAACAUCUUCUGCGUAUUUAAUGCAUUAAAAAAUAGUUUUUCAAAGUGGCACUUUUGCAGAAUUUAUAGCGGAACUUUCGAAGUAGCCCUGUUUUUCCCGGGAAGAAUUUGAUGCGUACGCUACCUCACUAAUGCUGAUGCCAGCUUGUAUGAUUGGAGUUGUCAGCUGGUGUGAAUACAGGACGUGUGGAGAAAAUGACAGACUGUCAGGUUGCCGAGGAAGGAGCCAAGAGUCCUAUGGGGCUCUACGAGAAACUGACAGCACAAGGAGAUGAAGUCAGGGUCUUGAAAACGGCUAAAGCAGAAAAAGCUGAAAUUGAUGCUGCUGUCCAGUUGCUGCUAAAGUUGAAAGUAGACUACAAACAGGUGACGGGUCAAGAUUACAAAGCAGGCUGUCCGCCCUCUGAAAACUCUGUUGCCCCCGACAACGGGCCAGCAGUAGAUGGAGCUGAUAAUGAAGACACGGUCGACCCAUGGAACGUUUCCACCAGCAAUGCCAAGGGAGUGGAUUACGACAAACUCAUAGUGAGGUUUGGCAGCAGUAAAAUUGACACGGAGCUGGUGGACAGAAUAGAAAAAGUAUCGGGACAGAAGCCUCACCGCUUUCUACGAAGAGGAAUCUUCUUCUCACACAGAGAUAUGCAUCAGGUACUGGAUGCGUAUGAGAAGCACAAGUCCUUCUACCUUUACACUGGCAGAGGUCCAUCCUCACAGGCCAUGCACAUGGGUCACCUCAUCCCCUUCAUCUUCACCAAAUGGUUGCAGGAUGUGUUUGACAUUCCCCUGGUGAUCCAGUUGACGGAUGACGAGAAGUACCUGUGGAAGGAUCUAUCGCUAGAGGACUGCCAUCGCUUCGCUGUGGAAAAUGCCAAGGACAUCAUUGCCUGUGGUUUUGAUGUCAACAAAACCUUCAUCUUCUCUGACCUCGACUACAUGGGUGCGUGCCCUGAAUUCUACAGAAAUGUGGUAAAGGUCCAGAAGCAUGUGACAUUCAACCAGGUCAAAGGCAUCUUUGGCUUUACAGACAGUGACUGCAUUGGAAAGAUCAGCUUCCCAGCCAUCCAGGCAGCCCCGUCCUUUAGCAGCUCUUUCCCACAGAUCUUCAAGGGCAGAAAGGACAUACAGUGUCUCAUCCCCUGCGCCAUAGACCAGGACCCCUACUUCAGGAUGACCCGUGACGUAGCUCCGAGGAUCGGCUACACCAAACCAGCCCUGCUGCACUCCACCUUCUUCCCGGCCCUGCAGGGAGCGCAGACCAAGAUGAGCGCCAGUGAAGCCAACUCCUCCAUCUUCCUCACUGACACAGCCAAGCAGAUCAAAAACAAGAUCAACAAACAUGCAUUUUCGGGAGGAAAAGACACAGUGGAAGAGCACAGGGAGUUGGGUGGAAACCCAGACGUAGACGUCUCCUUCAUGUACUUGAGCUUCUUCCUGGAGGAUGAUGAACAGCUGGAGAAGAUCAGACAGGAUUACGCAAGUGGAGCUCUCCUAACGGGAGAACUAAAGAAGCUUUUGAUUGAGACUCUGCAGCCAAUGAUUGCACAGCAUCAAGAGAAACGCAAACAAGUCACAGACGACACGGUCAAGGAGUUCAUGACACCCAGGCCUUUAAAUUUUAACUUAUAGCCUGCUUGAGCAACUGAGAUGUCGAGGUAUAUCAUGUCACUAAUCUCAGUUCCAGAGCAAAUAAUUAAUCUUUUUUUUUUUUUUUAAGAUUAUUGUAAUAUGUAACGGGAAGAUUUUCUCAUACAGUUUGCAUCAGGACUGGAGAAACAUGUAAAUCACCGGAGCAAUGGUGUGCUUCUCUGUGUCAAACUAAGCAUGGCAUUGCCCUCGCCUUCAUGCUAAUUGUCAUGCUACUUGUUAACUUCACUCUGCACCAAAUGUACACAUGCAUCUUCAUGAAGUGUUUGCGUUUGCAGCGCUGCAAAGUUCAGGAUAAAUGACAAUUAAAGGGGAGAACAAAUAUACAUUGUUGUAAAAUCUGCUUACAACACAGCUUUGAAAAAUGUUGGUUAAGAAGUCUUGUAUUACUUGGGGGUUAUAUAUGUAUAUGGGGUUUAGAGAUAGGUGAAGUAUGAUAAUAGGAGAUAUGUUAUAAGAAUCUCUGAAGAGUUUGAACACAUACCAAUAAGGAGGCUAUCAGUGUCUUACUCAAAGGAACUAAAGCAAAUGUUUGUGUUAUCAGCAAAAGGGAGUUAAGGUUACUCUUUCUCUAAGCAUGUGAAGAGGUUUCACUCGUGCCCUGAUCUCUAAAUAGAUUCUGCAUCUACAUGUAGACUCGCAUGCUUAUCUGUCAUCAGACCAGAAGCUGGUGGGUUCAGAGAUUGCUUAUGCUCAGACUAAAAAUUAAACUGUACUUGAACAACCAAAAACAUAUCCUUUGAAAACACUUGUGGGAAAAGUGUCCAUUUGUACCAUAAUAUCACACAAAUCAAUAUUGACAUUUUUGUGACAUACAUACAGUAAAGGCCUUUUUCACAACAGACAUUUUGACAUGUUAGAGUAAAUACAGAAUUAAUGAUAUCUGAAUUCCAUUUAAGCGCAUCAGUUUCAGGACCCUGGUAUUGUUCAUGCUGGCUCACUGUCACAGCUUACUGGGACACUUGUGCUUUUUUUGUGCUAUGCCAAGUCAAAAGGAUUGCUGUGAAACAGGCCUGUUGUCAUACACGUAGAAAUGAUUUGAACAAUGAAUGAAUAUUACAUUGCAUGUUCCAUGAUAUUAUGUUCCUUUAAAUUCUUUGAUCCAAAUGUAAUUAUAUUUGUAAUUUAAGAUAAAACAGAUGCGUCUGAGAGCAAAGGACACAGUGUUAAUUAUUUACAUAACCUUUAAAAAAAUAAUGAUUAAGAAAACAAACCUGUUUAUGAGUACAGCAUGUUGUUAUUGGCUGCCUGACUCAGGAAGGGUUCUCAAGAAAGCCAGUAAUCCUAUCAAUUUUGUCACUGUUUAAACACUCAGAGGGAAGUGGUUCAGGUGUUCUCUGCAAAAAAAAAAAGAAUAAAUGAUUCAUUCUAUUUGA